AUGACAGGAGAUGACAAGGAGGAAAUGACCCGAUUGACAAAGUUGUUGGCUCAAGAAUUGGAGAUCAAGGAUCUUGGAAAAUUGCAAUACUUCUUGGGUAUCGAGGUUGCUAGAUCAAAUAGAGGAAUCUUUAUUUCCCAAAGAAAUUAUAUUCUGGACCUCUUGAAAGAAACUGGUAUGACAAGUUGCAAGCCAACAGAAUCAUCCAUGGAAAGCAAUCACAAACUACAAAGUGGAGUUGGAAAGUCAGUUGAUAAGGAGAGAUAUCAGAGGCUGGUUGGAAGACACAUUUAUCUCUCACACACUAGACCAGAUAUAGCCUAUUCAGUCAGCCUGGUGAGUCAAUUCAUGCAUGAUCCUCGAGAUCCUCAUAUGGAAGCUAUCUUUCGCAUUUUGCAGUAUCUGAAGUCUGCGCCAGGGAAAGGUCUACUUUUCUCCAGAAAUGGUCACCUCAAUAUAGAAGCCUUUACAGAUGCGAAUUGGGCAGGAUCUCUAGAUGAGCGAAGAUCUACAUCCGAUUACUGUACACUCGUAGGAGGAAACCUGGUCACUUGGUGA